ACGGGUUCACCAUAUUGGCCCCCUUUGCCUCUAUAUAAGGGUGGCUAACUCCUAUAACCCUCCUCACCCUCCACCCUCUUCUUUCCAUCCCUAAUCGCUCUACAACUCUAUCUUUGUUUCUCUAAUAAACCCUAAAGAUUCUCUUUCUUUGCAACAAAUGGGGGAAACCGGUAUUCAUAACCUUGCCAAAUGGGAGGACCCCGCGGAGGCGUUGGCCAAAGCCCCCCACGUGUUUGGCGAAUACGGCGGUGUCAACAUGUCCAUCGAGGCCUCAACCGCGUUCAGGUUCAUGAAGUCUGAGAACAUGAGCCGCAUGUUCACCGGCGAAUUGGGUCCAGACGGCGACUAUUUUAUCCAUAGCCGUCACUCCAACCCAACGGUGCGCAAUCUCAGCCGCAGACUGGCGGCUCUUGAAGGAACAGAGGCCGCAUACUGUACGGCCUCCGGCAUCCGCAGACUGGCGGCUCUUGAAGGAACAGAGGCCGCAUACUGUACGGCCUCCGGCAUGUCAGCCAUAUCGUCGGUGCUGUUGCAGCUCUGCAGCCCCGGCGGACACAUGGUGGCUUCGCGGGCGGUGUACGGUGGGUCACACGCGCUGCUCACGCAUUUCUUGCCGAGGGCGUGUAACAUUACGACGACGUUCGUGGAUAUAAGAGAUCACGACAUGGUGAAGGAAGGGAUUGCCGAAGGAAGAACGAAGGUGUUGUAUUUUGAGGCAGUCUCAAACCCUACGCUGAUGGUGGCUAACGUUCCGGAGUUGUGUAGGAUAGCGCACGAAAAGGGGGUGAUGGUGGUGGUCGAUAACACCUUCUCUCCGAUGGUUCUGUCUCCGGCACGUCUCGGAGCCGACGUGGUCGUUCAUAGUAUCUCCAAGUAUAUUAGCGGUGGGGCCGACAUUAGUGCAGGUGCGGUUUGUGGACCAAAGAGCCUAGUGAACUCUAUGGUGGACCUUCAUCAAGGGGCUCUUGUGCUACUAGGCCCAACUAUGAAUGCCAAGGUGGCCUUUGAACUAUCAGAAAGAAUUCCUCACUUGAGCUUGAGAAUGAAGGAACAUUGCAACCGGGCUUUGGUUUAUGCCACAAGGAUGAAGAAACUGGGCCUCAAAGUCAUCUACCCGGGCCUUCAAGAUCACCCUGAUCAUGAUCUUUUGAAAUCAAUGGCGAAUCAAGACUAUGGUUAUGGCGGAAUUUUAUGUGUGGACAUGGAAACUGAGGAAAGGGCUAACCGACUCAUGGACCUCUUGCAAAACCGCACCCAGUUCGGGUUCAUGGCUGUUAGUUCGGGGUACUAUGAGACCCUCAUGUCUUGCUCUGGUAGUAGCACAAGCAUCGAAUUGAACACGAAAGAGAAAGCGUUGGCGGGCAUUUCACCUGGAUUGGUGAGGAUGUCCAUUGGCUAUAGUGGCACCCUGGAGCAAAAAUGGAGUCAGCUCGAAAAGGCGCUUUCAGAAAUGAAAGACUCAAGUUUUUUGUCAAAGAAUUAAAAGAAGUCUUAACCAAGUGGUUGCUUAAGCUUUGAUGGUGUGUUUAUGUAGAAAGGGGUGUCCUUUGCACCUUAGUUGAUGUUACUGUUUUUGUUAAAGUUAGUAUAUAUGUCUGUCAUAAACCUCUCCGUUUAAUCAUCAGUGUGAAUAGUGAAAGCCCCAGGGCUUCCCAAGGCCUUGUGGCUUUCUUCAAAGUGUGCUAGCUUUUUAACUGCCAGUCGAUAAUGACUGGCGUAAGCUCUGUUCAUGAUAAACCUUGAAACUGUACACUAUUUCAAUUUUCAAACUUUGCCAUCUGAGCUUAGUCUGUCGUCUAUA